AUGGCUUCCAAACCAGUGUAUGGUAGUAUGCGAGGAAGGAGGUGCCAGUGGGGAGAGAUAGCGAUUCGAGCAGAGGCAGCAAUUAGGGCUGAGGUGGAGGUGGAAGAGGCAGAGGCGAAGGCAGAGGCAGAGGCAGAGGCAGAGGCAGAGGCGAAGGCAGAGGCAGAGGCAGAGGCAGAGGCAGAGGCAGAGGCGAAGGCAGAGGCAGAGGCAGAGGCGAAGGCGAAAGCGAAGGCAGAGGCUUCAUUGGGGUUCUGGAAGAAGGUAAAGGAAUGGGUAUGGUGCAGGAAUCAAAAGAGAACAUGUUGCGUGAGCGCAGGAAUCAAAACGGAACACAUUGAAGUUGCCCGGCAAGCGCAGGACUUGGGACAGAGCAUGUCACUCGGCGAGUGCAGGAAUCGAAACAGAGCGCGUCGUCCAAGCGCAGGAAUCAAAACAGAACGUGUUGCUCGAGUGUAG